AUGAGCCUGCCGAACGCCACGGCAGUGACGCCGCUGCUGGCCAGGCUGUGGCGGGAGACCGCCCCCCCGGGCGGCAACGCGUCCGGCCCUGCCCGCCGCGCCCCGGGCAGCACGGGCGGGAUGGAGGCGCUGUACAUCCUCAUGGUGCUCGGCUUCUUCGGCUUCUUCACGCUGGGCAUCAUGCUCAGCUACAUCCGCUCCAAGAAGCUGGAGCACUCGCACGACCCCUUCAACGUGUACAUCGAGUCCGACGCGUGGCAGGAGCAGGACAAGGCGCUGCUGCAGGCCCGCGUGCUGGAGAGCUUCCGGGCCUGCUACGUCCUCCGGAACCCGCAGGCCGUGGAGCGGCCCCACGCCCACCUGCCCGGGACCGCGCCCUCGCCCUGA